AUACGACGUCGUUCAAUCUCAAUUCUAUUUCCUACCCAUCACUCGGUCACUCUGCAGCUUUGCCUUCUCGCAUCUUGUUAGUCGUCUUCUCCUCCGCGGUCGACUGUUCCAUUUCGCCGAGGCAACCCGAGAGUAGAAAUGAAGCUAAAGGUGGUUUGCCGGAAAGUAUAUGAUUAUGUCCGAUAUGACCUGAAGGAAAUUGCAUUCCCUUCAUCUUUACCUGACCCCCCUCAUAUCAAAAAGCGCGGGAAACUAACUUGGAAGGAGCGUUACCUUGUGUUGAAGGAAGCUUCAAGGCUUUAUGCUGCAAGCUGGGUAAGGGACAUUGGCCCUGAACUCCGACCUAAUGACUACAAAAAGGAGCAAUAUGAUGAAGACAUGCCUCAUGAAGAAAAUGGUACAACUAAGGAGAAGGAACCCUCAACAUUGGAGGACCUAGCUGUGGCUGCAAGAGGUGGAAUGGAAACUCUUAGGCCUGCCCUGCAGCGGGUUUAUAUGACUAGAGCGUCAGCAUACAGAGAUGCCCUCAAAAGCUUCAUUGAAGGAUAUCAAGAAGGUAUUCAACAAGUCAUGGAGAAGAAGGAAGAAGCUAAUAAAUCUCAAGAAGAAAAGGAUGUUGGUAAAGGACCAUAAAACGUUUCGGUUGUCACAGGUUAUGUGUAUUGAUGUUUCAAAUAAUUGUAUAUGCUAGGAGGACUGUACUGUGUGGUGAUCAACAUUAUAUGCAGGCUAAUGGAAUUUGGUGAAGUGAGUUAGGUGAAGUUUACUUGUUUUUUCUAGCUUCUCAACUUCCAAAAGGAAGCUAGAAAUAAGCUUGAGAGAUUGUAAACAAAAUUUACUCAAAAAUUUCUGUUUCUUGCUA